ACACCAGGGCUUCAACAUGGUGCGUUGUGUGUGAGCUGUUUACUGGCUGUUUGUGUGUAAAGGCGUUCAUAUCUUUGCUCUGACAGGGAGUUAUAUUCCCUUCUGUGGUGACAGCUCAUAAACGAAGCGCGUAGACUUCGUGUCUGCAGGAAAAAUAAGCUGAAAACCAGACAUAAAGCUGGUCCGGCGCUCUUCUGAGCUCAGCCUGGUGCAGAACCUCCGCCGUGUUAUUCGUCCGGCCGCUGACGUUUCUCGGUGUUUCUGGUGCUGCCUGAGGCGGGAGGCAUCCUGACCGAAUGAAGAAGACUCUGUCUGAUGUUCUCUCACGGAUUUAAAACCUUCAGAACCGUCAGGAAAGCCAGCAUCUGGACUGGUUAGCUGCAGCUGACGCUUCAGACCAGGAGAGCAGCUCCUGACAGACGUCUGUUUCUGUGCACAGUGAUGCUUCUCGAAUCCUCGCUUCAUUGAAGUUACCUGAGCGUAGCGCUCUGCCCCCGUCUGCCUAGCGUCCAGAAUGAGCGCCCAGGUUCUGCUGCGUUUCCGCUCUGCUGCUGGUCCAGUGUCCAGGUGCCACGCCCACCAGCUGGCCUCCGUGAGCCAGGCAGCUCGGCUAUCGGAGAAGAAGCUAAAGGGCCUUCUCUAUCCUUUUAGCGAUCUUGAGGCACACCUGUCACGCCAGGUAGACCAGAGAAGAUUCCGGCUCUUCCAACCCAACAUGGAAAACCUCGAGCGGGCAGAGAAACUGUUCAUUCCUUCCCCUAAACAUCACAUACUCUACUCCACAUCGGCCGUCCGUGCUGUCCACAUGCCUGAACUCGCUCAGCCAGAGGUGUGUUUCAUUGGGAGGAGUAAUGUUGGAAAGUCUUCCCUCAUCCGGGCCCUCUUCUCUCUUGCUCCAGAAGUAGAAGUCCGGGUCUCCAAAACACCGGGCCACACAAGAACGCUGAACUUCUUCACGGUGGGGAAAGCCUUCACGCUAGUGGACAUGCCUGGCUAUGGACACCGUGCCCCGAAAGACUUUGUGGACAUGGUGGAGCCCUACCUUCAGGAGCGACAGAACCUUGUGAGGACGUUCUUGUUGGUGGACGGUGGAGCAGGACUGCAGAAACUGGAUUUGGCCGCCGUGGAGAUGUGUGAAGAAUUUGGCAUUCCCUAUGUGCUGGUGGUGACUAAAAUCGACCGGACGCGGCAGGGGGCUCUGCUGACCCUUCUGCUGCAGCUCCAUGACUUCAUCAAAGAUCAGACCAGCACCUGCUUCGCCCAGCCCUUCAUCGUGAGCUCAGUCCAGUACUCAGGCGUCCAUCUCCUCCGGUGCUUCAUAGCCCACGUGACUGGAAACCUACAGCUGAGCUCCAAACCCACCUGAGACGCUAAUAAAAGCAGAAAACGCGCCAAGACCCUUCAACAGACUCUGGGACGGGAGCUGUUCAGGACUGAAGACUGUCUGACAGGAGGUCAAGCAGCUGUGAUGUUCAUGAAAGCCCAUGCAGACAGCAGAGAGCUGUCCGUUUAGUUUUUAUCAGGCUGGCGCACGAACCUCUGAGAUUAAAGUGGCGCUUUACUAUGAUUCAACCUGCAGCUACAGUGUUUAUGUAAUCCACAGACACUCAGCUGGAUUGGCGGCACAGUCGUCAUUUAAGGCCUUGAAAUGUUUUAUGGGCACACACUGCAUGGGUGAUGAAGAAGGCAGAGUAAAGCGCAGAACAGAACAGAGAAUAAAAGUGGGUUUGGAGCGAAUUGUGCCGGAAGUGCAGUGUUGCAUUGUAAACCGCUUCUUUCAAAGACGACGUAAAUAAAUUGCAAUAAUCUUGUUGUGGUA